GCCAAGAAUCUCUUUCCUUCUCGGAGAUUCUCUCUUUCUUUCUCUCAAAACUAAACUUUAUCAAUGAUGCCUUUGUUCCUCUCUCUUCCCCGUUCUCUCCUCUCUUUCUCCAUCUCUUCUGUUCUUCUGUUCAUUCCCCUUUUCCUCCACAACUCCCCCUCUCAUCCCUCCCCUCUCUCUCUCUUAGUCCUUUUCAUUUUAGGCCUCCCUUUUCAACUCUUUCUCGGAAAACCAAAACAAACUUCUAUACAUAGAUUUCCACAGCCCUUCAGCUCAUGUCUUCUUCCAGUAUCAACCACCUCUCCCAGCCUUGUAUAUAUGGGCUUUCUUCAUAUGCAGAGAGGAAGUCAAGGUUUAUGAAAUGGCUGAGUAAGCUAUUUAAGGGGGGGAGUUCGAGCAGGGGUGUCACAAGUGGACACCAACCUCAGUUUCUAGGGGACGAAAAUAUGGUUUGGCGUGCUCCUGUUAGAUCCUUGGAUGAUCGCUCUCGAGCUAAUAAAGAAAAAGAGGAGUUAGACCGAGCAAUUGCACUUUCUCUUGCUGAAGAUUUAAAAAGGCCACAAGGAUACCGGUGGCGAUCAGACCACGAUGAAGAUCUGGGGAGCUCACUUCAUGGGAACCUAAGUUCGCCAUACCCUCCCUAUGCUCCCAGAGAAUAUUAUCCAAGAUCAUAUCUAAUCUGUAGUGGUUGCAACCGUGAAAUUGGCACUGGUAAUUAUUUGGGAUGCAUGGGGACAUUUUUUCAUCCAGAUUGCUUCCGAUGUCAUGCUUGUGGAUCCCCAAUUACUGAAUUUGAGUUUUCUUUGUCAGGUGGUUAUUCAUACCAUAAAUCUUGCUUCAAAGAGCUGGCUCAUCCCAAAUGUGAAGUCUGCCACCAAUUUAUUCCAACAAAUGGAGCUGGUUUGAUUGAGUAUAGGUGCCACCCCUUCUGGUCUCAGAAAUACUGCCCCUCACACGAGUAUGACAAGACGCCUCGAUGCUGCAGUUGUGAAAGACUGGAGUCGCGCAGUGCAAGAUACAUAUCACUAGGAGAUGGACGUAGUUUAUGCUUAGAAUGCAUGGAAUCUGCCAUUAUGGAUACCGGUGACUGCCAGCCACUUUAUCAUGCCAUUAGAGAUUACUUUGAAGGAAUGAACAUGAGAAUUGAUCAGCAAAUCCCCAUGCUUCUUGUUGAAAGACAAGCUCUUAAUGAAGCUAUUGAAGGCGAGAAACAAGGUUUCCACCACAUGCCUGAAACUAGGGGUUUAUGCCUUUCUGAAGAGCAGACUGUUACCAGUAUUUUGAGAAGACCAAGGUUUGGAGGUCACAGUUUGGUAGGGAUGACAAGACAACCUCAGAAAUUAACUCGGAAAUGUGAAGUAACAGCUAUUCUGGUUCUGUAUGGCCUUCCAAGAUUAUUAACUGGUGCCAUUCUGGCUCAUGAAUUGAUGCAUGCCUGGUUGCGUCUAAAAGGUUACCGUAAUCUGAAUCCUCAGGUGGAAGAAGGUAUCUGUCAAGUGCUUUCGCAUUUGUGGCUGGAGUCUGAAGUUAUGCCCGAAUUCAGAAACAUGCCAUCCACAUCAGCAGCUUCAUCAUCCUCAUCGUCAACUUGGUCAUCAUCUAAGAAAGGGGGAAAAUCACACAUAGAAAGCAAGCUGGGCGAGUUUUUUAUGCAUCAGAUAGCAAACGAUGCUUCGCCAGCAUAUGGAGAAGGAUUUAGAGCUGCUAAUGCUGCUGUAAAGAAAUAUGGUUUACGCCGUACCUUGGACCACAUCCGCGAAAACAGAAGCUUUCCUGAAUAAGUUUCAUGUAUAUGGCAAGUCCUAAACCUCGUUCAAGAUUCAUCCCCGUCAAAGAUGGUGGAAAUAACUCCUCGGGAGGAAUGAGUUUGAUCAUGCCAAAUUGGAUUAGCUCCCUCUAAUUUUUUUGGGGGCCCUUUUGAGGAUGCGUUUAAGAUUUACUGGUUCCUGAAUAAGAAGCAUGUCUUUCGACCAGAAGGAUGGAUCCUUGGGCCGACAACUUCAUUAACCACUGACAGAAUCCUGAAGCGUGAUAUCCAGGAGAUGGGAAACUCCUCCGCUACAAUGUCCUGUUGCGCUAAACUCUGAUGUUUUACUCUCUAUGAGAGCUAAAAAAUAGGAUUUUAAAUUCAAUCAACGAAAUAGAAAGAUUCUGUUUGUUAAA